AUGGAGGCCGAGGAUUUCCAGGAGGAGCUGACCUGCUCCAUCUGCCUGGACUAUUUCGAGGACCCGGUGUCCAUCGAGUGCGGCCACAACUUCUGCCGCGGCUGCCUGCGCCGCAGCUGGGCGCCGAGCGGCAGCCCGGUCCCCUGCCCCGAGUGCCGGCAGCCGUCGGCGCCCGCUGCGAUGCGGCCCAACUGGGCCCUGGCCAGGCUGACGGAGAGGAUGCGGCGCCGGCGCCUGGGCCCCGCGCCCCACGGCCUGUGCGGCCGCCAUUGGGAGCCGCUGCGGCUCUUCUGCGAGGACGAUCAGCGGCUCGUGUGCUUGGUGUGCAGGGAGUCCCAGGAGCACCAGGCCCACACCAUGGCCCCCGUCGACGAGGCCUUCGCGAGCUACCGGAAAGUUCACUGUGGCAUCCACCGGGAUGAAUGGAGAAGACCAAUUGGGCUGCUGUUGCACUACCUCAAGCAAGAGGAAAAACUUCUGAAGACCCAACGUAGUCUGACAGCCAAGAUGAAUAAAGCCAUGCAUUUACAGGACAUGGAAGUGAAGAAUGCUGCAGAGUGGAAGGAGAAGAUGAAGAAUACGCGAACGAGAGUCAGUGCGGAGUUUGCAAAGCUGCACGUCUUCCUGGCUGAAGAAGAGCAAUUGUUUCUUAAGAGACUGAGCCGAGAAGAAGAAGAGGCAAAGAAGAAACAGGAUGAGAACACGUUACGGCUCCGUCAAAUGAUCGCUUCCAUGAAGAAGCUCAUCUUCGAGGUGGGGGAGAAGAGCCAGAGCUCCACCCUGGAGCUGCUCCAGAAUCCAAAAGAUGUGUUGACCAGGUGCGAGAACCAGGAUGUGAACUAUUCCUUUGAAGUUCUAAAGGUGAAGACUGUGUGCCGGCUACCAAUGAUGAAGGAAAUGCUGAAGCGAUUUCAAGUGGCUGUAAAUCUAGCUGAGGACACUGCUUAUCCCCAACUCGUCUUCUCCCAGGAAGGGAGAUAUGUGAAAAAUGGAGCAUCAGCCAGUUCUUGGCCACUGUUUACUACAGCGUGGAGCUACUUUACUGGAUGGAGGAAUCCUCAGAGGACCACAGACUUUGUGGAGAGAUUUCAGCACUUACCCUGCGUUUUGGGAAAAAACGUUUUCACUUCAGGGAAACAUUACUGGGAAGUUGAGCACCAGGGUAGCCUGGAGGUUGCUGUGGGGUUGUGUCGGGAGGACAUCACGGGGAUUACUGGUGGUUCAACAAUGUCCCCCCGCAUGGGAAUCUGGGCUCUUUGUUGGAGUUCUGCUGGCUAUUGGCCCCUGACAGGCAUCUCUGUGAGGCCUACCAAGCUAGAGCCAGCUCUUCACCGGGUGGGAGUUUUCCUAGAUCACAGGGCUGGGGAAAUCUCAUUCUACAGUGCUGUGGAUGGAGAACACCUGUACACUUUUUCCUGUCCUUCCAUCUCACGUCUCCGGCCGUUUUUUUGGUUGAGUCCAUUAGCAUCUUUAGUCAUCCCACCAGCGACUGGCGGGAAAUGA